AAGCUUAUAUAGCAGCAUUCUGAGUGAGUUCUUGCACAAUGUCGAGGAUGCUAGAUUCGCUGUCCGUAGGCCGGGUUGUGGGGGAAGUUGUGGACAGCUUCGUACCGUGUGUGAAGCUGGUUGUGACAUACAACAGCAACAAGCAAGUCUGCAAUGGCCAUGAGCUCAUGCCCUCUGUCAUUGUGUCGAAACCACGGGUUGAUAUUGGUGGAGAAGACAUGAGGGCUGCUUACACUCUUGUCAUGACUGAUCCUGAUGUUCCUGGCCCUAGUGAUCCAUACAUGAGGGAGCAUCUCCACUGGAUAGUUACAGACAUCCCAGGCACCACUGAUGCGUCUUUUGGAAGGGAGAUUUUGGGCUAUGAGGUUCCGAAGCCGGUGAUUGGCAUCCAUCGUUACGUGUUCCUGUUGUUCAAGCAGAGAUGCAGACAGACCGUGAGGCCACCGGCUUCGAGAGAUUACUUCAACACAAGGGGAUUUGCAGAAGAGAAUGGCUUGGGGCUGCCAGUUGCUGCUGUCUAUUUCAAUGCACAAAGAGAGACUGCCUGCAGAAGAAGAUGAACCUAAAUCAACCAACCAAUAAAACAACAUGGAUCAAUAAUUGUAAAGGUUUGUUAUUUUCUAUGCAUACAAAAAAAAUAAAACCCUUUUGACAAGGUUUUGGGAACUAUUAAUUGGUCCCCGCCAACUUCUUUGAUGUGUUUUAAGGUUUCUGGUGAUCUUGUA